CCAACCCUCACAACGUGGCCAAAUGAGCUCCGCCAUAUUCAUCAUCACACGGUCGUCUCUGGCGGCCGGUAACACCACACAUUCAACAAAUCUGUAUAAUAUCUAAACGAUCUGAUCUCCAUCCAUAUCAGAACUCGUUCCCUAUUCCAGCAAGACCUCACCAUAAAACAGAGCAGAACAGUGGAAGCAGAUUCUUAAACAGUAAGAGUAACAUGGCUCCAGGUGUAAUGGCGGCGUCACAGGUGGCCUCAGGAAUCGGGAUGAUUGUUGGAGCUUGGGUUUUCAAAGCCCUAUGGGAGAAUGAUCAGCCCAAGUCAUUUGUAAGGGGAGGGGCGGCCCCCAGAUGCGCUACCUGUAAUGGGUCCAAGAGGGUUCCCUGCAUCUGCAAGCGCUGGUCUGAUGGAGAUCAAGGUUGCUCUACAUGUGACCGCACGGGUAUGAGGACCUGUUCCAGUUGCGGCGGCUCUGGAACCGGGCGCCCUCUUCCCGUUAAGCUUCGUAUCUCUAAUGGACAGAACAAGCUUUAGUUGGAAGUCUGGUUCUUUGAUUUGCUUUUAUAUGUAUAAUAUGUAAAAUACAAUCCGCUGUAAUAUGGGAUCUCCACAGGUUGGUUUUGAUCCAAAGAGCAAGGAAUUGUAGGUGGAUGCAUUACUCAAUGCUAAGAUACUUAUUUCAUUUAAUUUUUCAUUCAAUUGCGGCAGGGUUUCCCCAAAUUUUGCCCUUUUGUUAUUUGCCUAA